GGAUACUGAGGUUGGGUGAGAGACAGAGUUCGAGAGAAUAAGAGACAGAGGAAAGCAACUGGUUGCUCAUAGACACUCACGCUUUCAAGGAGGGCACGGACAGCCUGCCCUAUGUGUGGCUCCUCUCAGGGCUUCAGAGCCUCCUCCUCCUCCUCCUCUCAGUGCACCACAGCCAUGUUAACCUCAGAACGGUCACCGCAAAGCACAGGGGUCGUCACUGUGACGACGAGAGAGACACAGGAUGUAGACAUGACAUCGUGGAGCGAGGCAGACUUUGAGGAGAAGUGCACUUACAUUGUGAAGGACCAACCUCUGGAACAGGAGUCCGAAAACCACGGAAGGACAAGAGCUGAGAGAUCCUUGCCCAGAAACCUAGCCCUAAAACGCUGCCGCAACUCAGCAGAGGUGCUUGGGGUGACCAGUAAGGAGCUGAUUCCUAAGGGGACACGUUUUGGCCCUCUGGUGGGGGAAAGCUACACAAAUGAAAUACUGCAGACAGACGCUGACAGAAAGUACUUCUGGAGGGUCUUCUCGGAGGGACACCUACACCACAUCCUGGACGGUUUGAACGAGGAGCGGAGCAACUGGAUGCGCUACGUCAACCCAGCCUGUUCUGUGAAGGAGCAGAACGUGGUUGCGUGCCAGAGCGGCUUGGACAUCUACUUCUACACAAUCAAACCCCUUCAGCUGGGCCAGGAACUGCUUGUGUGGUACUGCCCUGAAUUCGCCCAGCGCUGUAACUACCCUCCCCUGGGCCAACUGGCUAUUGACAGUACCGAACAGGGUCAAGAUCAGGAGAAAACGACGGGGAAACGAGGACACAGCGUCUCGGAAAUCCUCCGAGCCGAGCCCUCCCGAUCCCUGACUACCUGCCCCGGACGUCUGGACAGCCCUUUGUCUCAGACCGGCCUCUCAGCGGUUUUUCCCUUGUGUCCUCACGUUGUCUACCCAAUCCAGCCCAACUCUGAAUCUAUCCAUGGCCGUAGAUAUUCAACUCUGCCAUCCCUACCAUCCUCCGGCCCCCCAGCUGCCAAAAGGCCAGCACUAAGUGGUCCUGUCCCCUCUAUUUUGGACUUCAGCUUUCAGCACAGCCAAGGCCCUGUUUUAGCAAACCCUUACCAAGAGCCCUCUGUGCCUGACAGAGUUCACCCUGCUCUGAGGCACGCUCCCUUUUAUCUCCCUCACUACUCACUUGGCCUUAACAGCAUUCUACCUCAUUCAUACCCUUUCUACAGUGAUCGACUGAAACCUCACGUAACACUCUCCUCCCAUUUGCUGCCUUUCGACGGCUACGCACACCUCCUCCAUCCUCUAGCCAACCAACACAAAGACUUGAUACUUGCACUAUCCAGUAACAAACAAGACCUCAUUCUUUCACCAAGCCGUGAACACAAAGACAACAAGGACCUCAUAUCCAAUAGGACAGACUACCUCAGGAUCCCCUUAGAUGACCUCAGAGAUUUCAAACACUCUUCUCCUAGCAAUGUCCAUGCAGACCUCACAAUACCUGCCACAUCCAGCGCCUCAUCCGUGGUCACCUCCCUCUGUGGAGCACUGCCCUCUCUUGCCCCCGGAGGAUGCUCACCACCAGUGGGCAUGGCUGCCUCCUCAGACUGCCUCCCUUCCAGACCCACCUCUGCUACUCAGAAAAAUACUGAGGAUGCGGGUGACCUCAGGAAUACCAAGCAAGGAGGACAGAUCAUUGGCUACAAGACUCUGUCUUACCCUCUCACCAGGCAGAAUGGAAAGAUCCGGUAUGAGUGCAACGUCUGCGGAAAGGUCUUUGGGCAGCUGUCGAACCUCAAGGUCCACCUGCGAGUACACAGCGGAGAGCGUCCCUUCAGGUGUCAGACGUGUAGUAAAAACUUCACACAGCUGGCCCACUUGCAGAAACACUACCUGGUUCACACAGGAGAGAAACCACAUGAAUGCAAGGUGUGCCGUAAACGAUUCAGUAGCACCAGUAACUUGAAGACCCACCAGAGGCUACACUCAGGUGAGAGGCCUUACCAGUGCAAACUCUGCCCAGCCCGCUUCACUCAAUUCGUCCACCUCAAGCUCCACAAACGCCUCCACACCGGGGAACGAACUUAUCAGUGUCCCCGCUGUCCCUGUGCCUAUCUCCACUACUGCAGUCUCCAGGUGCACCUCAAGGGCUUCUGUCCUCUCUCCCCCUCGGCGUCCCACAGACACUCGCCAGAGGAGCUACACCGAGUGAACUCGGAGAUCGAGAGGUUUGACGUGAGCGACGCGGCAGAGCAGCUUGAGGCCAUGGCUACCGAGGCCAAGAUGGAUAAGGGGAAACUUACCGACCUAAUACAGAAGAUGGAGUCUCACACCUCGGGCCACCAGGAUGGCGCCAGAGGGGAGACUGAGCUGAGCAUCUGCAAAUUAGGGCAGGAGUGUUCUGGUGUUCAGCUGCAUCGUAGCGGCCCUCUACCUCUGCACCCAGCCAGCAUCAAGCUGGAGUCAAACUGCAUAUCAGAGCCCUAACUAAAACAGCCUAGCUAAUCCAGCCUUGCUAAUCCAGCCUUGCUAAUCCAGCCAUAUAAUCCUUACAGGUCAACUCAGCAGCUGUCUGUUACUGCCCUAUUUGAAGUAAAGCCUUAUCUCAAUCAUGGACUGCCUAGCCCGUACUCUACAGAGACUGUAGUGUGGGAGCAAUCAAAACUUUACCAGCACGGCCUGCGACCAGCCACUUGAUUGGUUUAAUGUACACAUCUUUCUUAAUUUAUUCUGUUGUUAAUAUGAAUCUAAAGUGGGGGAAAAAAACGCAGAUUUGUGACAUUUUCUAUAAUUUGUUUUGUAUCUCUAGAGCAUCUUCGCGGAACGACUAAACAUGUGAUUCAUGCAUAAAAAAAAUUUGUAUUUAUUUGUGGUUUCACUGUGUGAAGACUGAGUUUUUCUGUUGGCCUAUGUGUGCGUAUUUAUGUCU